UGGGAACGUUUCGCGAACGCGGCGCGUGGCGCGCGGAGUAACGCGUGAUCGCGGAAAGGUUAGCCGGGUGCACGCACGUGCUUGGCUUACGCACGGUGGUCGGGUGUUUGGACCGGAGUGUUGCCGUGCAGUGGAGAAAUGUAUUGUUACAAAUUUUAGAGUUGAGCAACAUCAGAAAUAGUGAUUUUAUUAGAAAUAGUUUUGUUUGAGUUGCCCCCCGAGCCCCCCCCCCCCCUGACCUUUGCGCGCCUCUCACGCGUAGCUACGCCUUGUACUGAAAACAUCGUUCUCAGUCGAGAACGGCAAAACUCGGCUCUGGGGUACAUAACGUAUUUCCUUAGCCAUGUAGAAAGAAAUUUUCUAUUUCAUCUUCUUGAGCAAGGAUUUUCAGGAAACACAACGUCCUUCUGCUCCACCCCGAGCCGUUACCGAAGUUGUCCGUAGCGAUCACAAUCAAAACGACGACUUCCUAUUCUAACCUGGGUUCCUGCGACAGGUUACCGAGUCUUCUGCGAUCCAGACCAAUUCCUUCUUGCUUUAACCUGGGCUCCUAUCACGGAUUACCGAGCGUCGUCCUCAGCAAUCAUAAUCAACACGACGACUUUUUGUUCUACUCAGGCCUUCUGCCACGGCUUACUGAGCAUCGCCCGUAGCGAUCACAAUCAAAACGACGACUUCCUACUCCGGGCUCCUGCUACGGGUUACGGAGCAUCGUUCGCUGCAAUCCCAAUUCUACGCCUUUCUAGAAAGUCCAAAAGAAUUAAAAGACUGACUCCUCUCCGCUGAAGGAAAAACCUAACACUGACCGAAGAAAUUCCAAAAGCUCCCUCUCAGUUUCCGAGAAAACGUUUCUCUGAACCUGUUUUCUAAGGUGAGGACUCUCGGGAAAACACAAUGUUUUCAUGCCCUACCUCGGACUCCUGCCAUGGGUUACCAAGCGUUGCUCACGCCAUUCCCAAUCCAACGCCCUCCAGGAAAAAAAAGGAAACCUCAAAUCGUCUCCCCUCCCUUUUCUGAGAAGAAAUCUUAAUAUCGAAAAAAAAUUAAAAUCUUAAACCGAAACUCUCUAUUUUUUUAUCUACUUCAAAACUUAAACCAAAACUCUUUUUCCCCUAGAUUACAUCUCAGAAAAUUAAAAAUUUUAAGAGAAAACGAUACGCCAUGCGUCAACUAAAAUAGUAAAAAUUAAUAGAAGAUAUAAGCGUAAAAUGCGCUUGACAAGAACUCUUUCAACCACAGACGCGCCCUCUCCACAAAAAAAAUCGUGCUCUCUGAAUCCCAAACUGACCAAUAAGACGCAAAAGUAACGCAGACGCAAUGCGUCUCGAACAUCCGACGCAAAAUGCCUCGCGUCAAAGGAAAUAUUUUUUGGGGAACUUAGCUGGAUAAUGGGUUCCUGUAGACACUGCACAAAAUGUUACGUACGUAAGAAAACUCGCGCUCACGCUCUCGCAGACUCACACUCGUAACUCCCGCACUCGUCAAUAAAGGGAGCUAGCUUUUAAAAAUCAAUAGCAUGCCAGUUGUAAGGAUACGUUCAGACUCCAGGAUUAUUUUGUCGCGGUGUAAAUCCAAACGCCCACUUGUUCAUACGGGCCAUUUUGUGGCGGUACAAACAUAAGCGCCGAUACGUUUAGACGAGCCAUUUCGUGAUGCAAGCGGCGUAAAUGCAAAUGAGGCCUUGUUCGGACGAGCCACUUCGCGACGCGAUAGAAAAACUUUUCCGUCACGUCACGCUACGAUAAAGUAGCCCGUCUAGAUGCACCCGAAAAUUCAAUAAUUAUUGUUGCGACGUAAUAACAACUUUAUCAGUAGAAUGAAUAGGACUCUAAAAGGACUUCUACGAUUAUAUCCAAUAACGCGGAAUUGGGCGGUUUUAUCAAAGUACAUAGUGCCAUUACAAUCAAUGCAGAGAGUGUGGCGAGCUUACAGUACCAGUUUAACAGACCACACACAAUUGGAAGACUGUAUAUCACCGAUAGAAAGAAAUUAUGCAACCACUGAUAUCAAGCCAGCAUACAAAUCUAUGGAAAUAUUAGAGAAAGCAGCGAAGAAUUAUACAGACAUGACUGUGCACGACGCCAUUGAUACGAUAUUUAUUUUAUUUAAAGCUUCCAAAAAUAUGCAAGAGGAUCUACAAAAUAUCAAACAGCACAUAGGCUUUAUACGCCUAUGGGAGGUUUUGAACAGGAAUGUUAGACUGAUGAAAACCAACGAGAUUAUCAGCAGUCUGAGAAUGUUGACGUAUUUCAAGAUUCCAACAAAUUGCGUUUUAACUCAAUCGCUAUUACAAAUGAUUCGUGCGAAUGUAAAUGAAAUAUCUCUUCAGGACAUAAUUAAUAUCAUUGUGUUAUUAAAAAAAAUGGACAGUACGCCAUUAAGGGACGCUCUUUUGAUCGCACUGCCCGUUGUAUUCGAGACGCAACUGCCUACAAAAUUGGAUUCUGACAAUAUUUUUAUGCUGGCACAAUCGCUAAGACUUAUAAGCGAAAAUAAUAUUAAUAAUCCAGAAGUACAAAAUACGAUACUCAAAUCGUUGCAAAAAUUUGAGAACACUCUAAACGUGCAAACGGCUUGGUCUAUUUUUUGCAGCUUGUGUGUUGCCUCUUAUUUGUCUCCUAUAGCUUUUGAAUUGCUAUUUAAUAUUCAAAAGGUCCUAAUAAAUGACGCGAAACAAUUAAGUAUUCCGGACAUAAUAAGAGCGCUCCACAAAUUGGUUCUUGUCACUGCAAGAAAUAAAGAAUACGGAUGUAAGUUUUACAAUGAAGCGCUGGUGGAUGCUUUCAUCAAUUCGGCUUUGUCCGCGGAGAUUUCAUUCGACAAAAGUAUCCACCUACUGAAACUUUUGAACGAAUUGAAUUAUGCGCAUAUACCAUUUCUAGAAUACUUAGCAGCAAAGUGCUUUGAGCAGCCAAAUUUGCUAAAAGAUGCGUCGUAUUUUAGAGUAUUUAUUUUCCUAGAAGGAUUAAUUAACGCCGACUAUAAACCAGUAUUUUGGGAUAUUAUACGGGACGCUAUACUGGCGAACAAAGUGGAAAACAAAGUCUUCAAUAGAUCCAUGAUCAAGUUUGCCCUUCACUUGAUCGCUUUGGAUUGUUAUAGUCCAAGUUUAAUCAGCAAAGUCUUUUCCCAGAUUAUAAGAACUAACGAACCGAUGAAUAGUAUUCACAUGAGGGAGCUAUUACUUUUAUAUCAGAGCGUCAAGACACUGUAUCCUGUAUACAAUGGACCGUGGCCUUCACAGAAUAUACUCGAACAUGCUAUAAACAUACAUAAAACAUUGCUUAGUCCAAUAUUACCCACGUUUUCUUUAAAAACAGCGUUAGAACUGGCAUUGGGUGGCCCUCAAUAUGUUCACAAUGAAUUAAGGACAAAACUUGGACAUUACAUUGAUCACGUCAUUGUGAUGAGGAAAGGUGGAUAUCCCAUUGCAAUUAAUACAGUUACAUCCCCUGGAACUAAUGUAACCUACAUUGAAGAUAUACAGACUCCAAGUGAAAGUCAGAUGAUACUCAUCUUCAAUUUACCUGACGCUGCGUACGCUGUAAAUUCUCAAAGAAUAAAAAGUACAUGGUCAUUGAAAAUAAAGUCUGUGGAGGCGUUAAUAAAAACCAAUGCGAUUGCUAUAAACUCUAGUUCAUGGAUGAAACUACCCGAAUAUGAAAGACUUCCCUAUUUGAUGCGAGCAAUAAGGCUAAAGUGCGAAGACGACUCAUUCUUAAUAAAAUAAAAUAUUUUAUAAUCAUUUAUAAAAAAUAUGUUAUGUAGGAUUCCUUGUCGGAUAUAUUCUGAAUGAUAUAUUUUGAACAAUACAAUCGCGAUGUAUAUUAACUACUGAUGUACAGUUGUACAAAUAAUUGAAAUAUACAUGUAAUAAAAUAA